AUGUUUAAAGUGUUACAAGAUAGUGAAUUAUAUAUUAAUUUGAAGAAAUGUGAGUUCAUGACUAGUAGUUUAUUAUUCUUGGUAUAUGUUGUAAGUGUAGAUGGUAUCAAAGUAGAUAAAGAAAAGGUCAGAGCUAUCAAAGAUUGGUCAACACCAAUCACAACUCAUUAGGUUUGAAGUUUUCAUAGGUUGACAUUAUUUUAUAAAAUAUUUAUUCAAAAUUUUAGCUCAAUAAUAUCUCUAGUUAUUGCAUGUAUGAAAAAAGGUCAUUUUAAAUAGACUGAUGAAGCUAGUAAAAGUUUUACUAUCAUGAAAGGGAAAUUAUGUUCUACUCCUAUUUUAGCCUUACUAAAUUUUGAUAAAUUAUUUGAAGUGGAAUGUGAUGCAUUCAUAGUUGGCAUUGGAGGUGUACUAUCCCAAGAAGGUCAACCAAUAAUAUUUUUUAGUAAAAAACUUUAUGAGAUAAGAAAAAAAUGGACAACAUAUGAAUUAGAAUUUUAUGUUGUGAUCGAUACUUUACAAAUAUGGGAACACUAUUUGAUUCAACGAGAGUUUGUAUUAUAUACUGAUCAUUAG